UCUGGCCGACAUCUUGAAGCAGCAGCAUCAUGCCGCCCAAGGACGAUAAUAAGAAGAAAGAUGCAGGCAAGUCCGGUAAGAAGGACAAGGACCCAGUCAACAAGUCCGGGGGCAAGGCCAAGAAGAAGAAGUGGUCCAAGGGGAAAGUGAGGGACAAGCUCAACAACUCGGUCCUCUUCAACAAGGCCACCUAUGACAAGCUGUACAAGGAGGUGCCCAACUACAAACUCAUCACCCCCGCUGUAGUGUCUGAGAGGCUGAAGAUCAGGGGAUCCCUGGCCAGAGCCUCCCUCCAGGAACUGCUCAACAAAGGUAUGAUCAAGCUGGUUUCUAAACACAGAGCUAUCUAA